AUGCCUCCCACCCGCCGCUCAACCAGAUCCUCCUCCACUGCCACCGGCAGCGGCAGUACAAAGCACCAAUCAACCCUCAACUUUAAGCACCGCGUCACCAAGCCUGUCUCCUCCACAGCCAAAGACACCAAAGAAAAAGAAACCAAAUCCCCCGCCCGGGCGAAGAAGGAAAUCAUUGUCCCUGCUCCCGAACCUGCCCCCAAGGAGGAGCAGGAUGAAGUAAAGGAGGAGGAAACUAAUGAGGAAGUUAAGGAGGUGGAGGAGAAGGAGGUCAAAAAUGCGAGGAGUGAUCCUGAAAGCCGCGCCGCCAAAGUGACGAACGCCCAGAUUGAGAAGUACUGGAAGGGGAUUGAGGCGUCGCGCAUGGCGAAGGAGUUGCAUCGGAAGCAUGGGCAGGGACUAAGUACGGAGGAGAAGGUGCUGAGGUAUUUUGAUGUUAGUUCGCAGUAUGGGCGUGCUGAGAGAUUGGGCCUCAACCCGCCAAUUGAGGUGUUGGCGGUGUUGAUGAAGGAGAAGGCCAAAGGCAAUGAGGGGAUUCAGAGAGCUCAUAUGGAUGAAUUGUUGAGCUCGACUGCUGUGGGGUCCGUGUGA